AUGAGCAAUAACGACUCGUGUAUUAUUCAGCCGAUCUUGCUGUCUGAAAGCCCCUCAAGCAGCGGCAGUGAGAUUCCCAACUUGUCGUCGCUGACUGCAGAGGCAGCCGCUGCACUUGCACAGCCGUCCUUGAAGAUGCAGAACAGCGGCGUCGAUGUCUCCGGCAGCGCCAAUCUCUCUUACAAUAACAACGAUCUCGGCAGCAGCACCAGCACGCCUGAGCCCCUCACCAAUGCAUCGUGUUCUCAUAGGGAGCGCAACCCAAAGUUCAACAUGUACAAGUUGUCAAUCGAGGAGCAGUUCGACCUGAUCGAGGAGGAGUUUGCCGCUAUCGAGGCGAAAACCAUGAACCCGCGGAUGUACAACUUUACCACCUCCAACGCCAAUCCAGCGAAGAACCGCUACAUCAACGUACUCGCCAACGAGGAGACGAUCUUCCCUCCAGCGUGCUCGGAAUCCGUGCCGCCGACGACGGGUAGUCCACGACUCCCCACGUCCGGCUCUCCACCUUCGAUGUCAUUGGCGUCGUCGUCGAUGAAGUCCCUCACCUCCACAGCACAGAAUGUGUGGAAGGCUGCAGAGAAGCGGCUCUUGAGCACACUGCGUAGCGGCGCCUUCGCGAAAGAAGUCGAGGGUAGCAAAGAGUCCACCACCAGCCGCGCUACCAAGCGGCGUCCACAAUGCUACAUCAACGCCAACGUGGUGGAUAUGAGUGUGGAGCCUGUGUUUGUGGCCUCGCAGGCGCCGGUGCAGGAGUGCAUCGAUGACUUUCUCUCCGUCAUCUACAGCUGCGAGGUGACCCUGCUGCUGAUGUUGACAGAGGUGGAAGAGACAGGCUUUGUGAAGGCAGACCGGUACUGGCCAGCCGACAGCGCGCCCGCUGGCAGGAUCGAGUCGUUCGGCAACAUGUGCGUGUACAAGGACCAGGAGGACCCGUAUACGUACGACGCCACACACGAACUUGUACGAAGGCCAUUCUACAUACGACCCUCGGCCACGUCGACGGCGCGCGCACACAAGAUCGUUAUGUAUCAGUAUGUGGGCUGGCCUGACCGCGGCGUUCCCGACAGCACCGACUCUUUCGAGGAGCUCUUGAAGAUCAUUCGGCAGUAUGUAGUGGCCCCAUCGGCCCCCCGUGAUUCCGUGGCUGGGCUGGAGAACGCCCCCCGCAACCCCAUCACCACCAGCAACGCCAACAGCACCGGAAGUGACACGAGAGCUGGCAAACUCACGCCUCCAGUCUUUGUGCACUGCAGUGCUGGCAUUGGCCGCACCGGCACCCUCAUCGGUGCCUACACGGCCAUCAAGCUGACGGAGGCGGGGUUGCUGGCAAAUACAAGUAUCCGGCGCAUCGUGACAGACAUGCGCAAGGCUCGCUUUGGCAUGGUGCAGCGCGUGGAGCAGUACAUGUUUCUCUACAUGAUCGUGCUGCAGCACUUGGGGAUAGACGUGCGCAAGUUCAGCGCAUGCAUGCAGCCACGAGCGGACAUGUAUAAUAUGCGGUGGAUGGAGGCAAAGCAGAAGGCGCUCCUCGAGGCCCGGAUGGCGAAACGGUAA